AUGCCUCCUUCAAAUCCAUCAAGGCACUUUGCCUUUGCUUUAAUCGUACCUCUGGUACUUGCAGUAGCGAGCUUUGCUUCAGUUCAGCAACAGAUCUUAGGCUCUGUUCAACGAAUCCUUGGCUUCGAGACUGCAGAGCUACCCAUCGUUACCAUAUCACAGGCUUCACUUACUGGUACAAUCAUCGGAGAAGACUUUCCUGUUCCCGUGGAGGCCUGGCUGGGAGUUCCGUAUGCUCAAUCUCCAAUUGGCUCUCUCCGCUUCGCGAGACCGCAGCCUGUGGCUCCUGGCAAUGAGAGCUUCUUGGCCAACGCUUUCGGCCCAAGAUGUCCUGGCAAACAGCUUCUCUCUCCAGGCGGUGGUCCAGACAUCUGGUCUGAAGAUUGCUUGACCGCGAAUGUGUUCCGUCCCGCCAAUAUACCCAAACACGGAAAGGUGCCCGUUAUGGUGUAUGUGCAUGGAGGAGCUUUCAACCGUGGCACUGCAAAAAUGCACAACACAGCUAGUAUGGUUGGGUGGGCUUCCCAGCCUNUUGUGGCUGUGAGCUUCAAUUAUCGCAUUGGCGCGCUCGGGUUCUUGAAUUCGGAAUUGACACACGAUGAGGGAUUGCUCAAUCUUGGGUUAUGGGAUCAGGUGUUGUUGCUUGAGUGGGUCAGAGACAAUAUUGGUGCAUUUGGUGGCGAUGUUGGAGAUGUAACGUUGGUUGGUUUGAGUGCUGGUGCGCAUUCGGUAANNAUCGGACAUCACAUCAUGAAUAUCAACACACCAGCACCUCUUUUCCACAAAGCCGUCAUUGAAUCCGGAGGUCCGACGUCUCGCGCUCUUCACCCCUACAAUUCAGCACUCCACGAGACCCAAUUCGAGCAUCUACUCAAAGAGACUGGAUGCAACGAUAUCCUGAGCUCUUCAAUCCUCCCUUGUCUGCGCAACGUCUCCGAAGCUUCUAUCGUCUCUGCCUCCAACACUGUUUUCGCGCAUUGGAAUCCUUCGGUGAGAUGGGCAUGGCAACCCGUCAUUGAUGGCGAACUCAUCCCCAGAAGACCACUAGACGCCUGGACCUCUAACCACUGGAACAAAGUCCCCAUUCUCACUGGGUUCAACCACAACGAAGGAACCAUGUACGUUCCCAAAAACGUCGCUACAUCAUCAGAAUUCCGCUCUUUUUGGUCGACUCUGUUGCCACAAUUGUCAGAAGCAGACUUGGAUGAGAUAGAUGCACUAUACCCUGACCCGGCUUUGUUUCCUGAUUCGCCGUAUACGGAGACAAGAGCAUUGGAUGUGGGGGCACAGUAUAAACGCCUGGAAGCCGCGUAUGGACAUUACGCAUACGUGUGUCCUGUGCGACAAACCGCUGUCCACGCGUCCUCUGCAGAAAACCCGCCUGUGUAUAUCUAUCACUGGGCGACCAACCGCACAGUACUAGGAGGAGCAAACCACGGCGAUCAAAUGUGGUAUGAGACUUUUGAUCCUUCCGUCACUGGCAUCUCAGAUACGCAACGAAACAUCGCAGGUGUGGUUCACGAUUAUAUUGUUAGCUUUGUGUUGACGGGGGAUCCGAAUGCGGUGGAAGGGAGAUGGAAAAGACCAGUUUGGAAGGCGUGGGCUGAUGAGGAAAAGACUAUGCUCUUUGGUGCUGGUAAUGAUGAAAGAGCUGGUGGUGGACAUAUGGGCACUGUUGCUCAACUUGUCGAGGACACUUGGGCGAGCAAGGAGUGUGAGUUUUGGUGGAGGCAGACAUCUAAUGUUGAAGACUAG